AUUGCAACAAUAUUAUUCCGUGGUGGAAAUUCAUUUGGUUAACAACGUUUCUUUCAAUACGUUUCAAAAAGAUCAGCUUUAAGACAGUGAUCUCUAAAGUUAAAUAAUUUGUGUUAUUUUUAUAUAGAAAUAAAAUAAACCAAUUUAUAAAAUUAAAAAUGGCCCUUAAGUUUGUUAUUUUCGCCUCGGCUUUGUGUUUAACAUUGGCUUAUCCUUUGGAUCAUCAAUAUUAUGAAAGCGAAGGCCAUGGUCAUGGCUAUGAAACAGAAUUAGCUCAUGAUUAUGGUCAUGGUCAUCAACUCGAACGUGUAUCAUUGGGCGAAGAUCACAGCAGCUACGGCCAUGAAGAACAUCAUGAAGAUGAACAUGUUGACUAUUAUGCUCCACCAAAAUAUGCUUUCAAAUAUGGUGUCAACGAUUUCCAUACCGGUGAUGUGAAAUCUCAACAUGAAACUCGUGAUGGUGAUAGUGUAAAGGGUCAAUACUCUUUGGUUGAACCUGAUGGUUCCAUUCGUACCGUAGACUACACAGCUGACAAACACAAUGGCUUCAAUGCUGUUGUACACAAAACUGCACCCGUCCACCAUCACGAAGAACAUCAGGAACAUCAUUAUUAAAUAAAAAUUACUUAAGAAUUAAUUUAGAAACAACAACAAACAGAGAUAAACCUUAACCCAAAUAAUUAACUUCUCUACAACCUGAUUAUGACCUUUUUUAAGAAAUGUAAACAAAAAAACGAAAUGUAAAGUAAUUUAAAUUGAAAUUGUUAAUGGUAUUGCAGACCAUUGACAUUGCAAAGAAUAAUUAGCCAAAUUGUUAAUAAUUUUUAGAAAUUUAGAAAAUGAAAAAGUAAAAAAACUUCAAGGCCAAAAAGAAAGUCAAUUUUAAUAUGCAACUAAAGAAAAACGCGAUGCUUCUUUCCUCAUGUGUCAACUUAAACUUGUCUUUUUUAUGUAAUUUAGUAAACUUUUUUUUGUUUAAAUGUAUGUGUAUUAAUUUAUGUUAAAAUUUAAUUGUUUUAUUUACUUCUGUGAUAGCAUUACACUGGCUAAUUAAACUAAACUAAUCUAAUCUAUUCUAUCAAAUUACCUUUUUACUUAAUAAGUCCGUUUUUACACUUAACUUAAACUAUAAUACUAAUACUCAUUCAUGCGCAACCUGUGAUGUGUUAGCAGCUGAAUGAAUUUAUAAUUUAAUAAUUUUAUAACUAUAACUAACCAAUGACUACUUAAUUUUUCUUUCACUUUUUUGUGUUUAAUAGACUGUAUGGUACAUAUACUCAGUUGAAGUGAAUAAUGGAAAACGAAAUUUAAACUACUUGUAUUCCUCCUUAACUCUUGUGUUUUGUAUUUUUAUGUUUUUUUAUUUUGUUAAAAACUGUGUAAUAUUAUGUACGUUGUAGUUAAUUAUUGUUUUUUACUUUUCGUACUCAUAACUUUUACUAACCCAAUUUUUAACUUGUUACAGCAAAAAGCAAUCUAUUGUAUAAUUUUUUUAUUUUUGUUUUCGUUUAUUCAUUCAAAAGCAUUGCAAUUGAAAUUGAUAUUUUCCUAUUAUAAUAAAUGUGUAAAAAAAAGAAUUUAUAAAAAAUAUAAA